AUGGUCCAUGUGAUGGGGGAUGCCAGCUGCUGGCUCCUGCUCGCACUCACCCUCCUCCCCAUUGCCGCCCUGGGCUCCCAGGAGGAUGGGAAAGUGAUCCACAUUCACAGGCUGGAGACCCAAACGAUUCGCGUGGGGCUGGGGGAGUCGGUUGCCCUCCCCUGCCUCUUCCUCCUCCGUCCUUCAGCCUCGCUGGGGCCCAACGACCCCCCCGACCCUCCCCGCCUCAAAUGGAGCAAAGUGCGCUCGGCCGGCGGCCAGCGGGAGGAUGUCCCCAUCCUGGUGGCCAAGGACAAGGCGGUGAAGGUGGUCAAAGCCUAUGAGGGGCGGGUGGCCCUGCCGGGCUACCCCCGCGACCGCUCCAAUGCCACCCUGCUCCUGCAUGCAGCCCGCGCCAGCGACGCGGGGCUCUACCGCUGCCAGGUGGUGGCCGGCAUCGAGGAUGAGCAGGACCUGGUGCCGCUGGAGGUGACGGGCGUCGUCUUCCACUACCGCCCGGGGGGGCAGCGCUACGCCCUGAGCUUCUCGGCCGCCCGUCGCGCCUGUCGGGACAACUCAGCCCUUAUCGCCUCCCCCCAGCACCUCCAGGUCGCUUUUGAGGACGGCUAUGACAACUGCGACGCGGGCUGGCUGGGUGACCACACCGUCCGGUAUCCCAUCACCCUGUCCCGCCCUGGGUGUUACGGAGACCGGAACAGCCUCCCCGGCAUCCGCAGCUACGGCCGGAGGGAGGCCGGGGAAGAAUACGAUGUUUACUGCUAUGCCCCAGAGCUCCGAGGGACCGUGUUUUACGCCACGGCUCCGGGACGCUUCAGCUGGCAGGAGGCCCGGAGGCACUGCCAGAGCCGGGGGGCUUCCUUGGCCACCACGGGGCAGCUUUACUUGGCCUGGAGUGAAGGGCUGGACCAAUGUGACCCCGGCUGGUUGGCCGAUGGCAGCGUCCGCUACCCCAUCAGGAUCCCCCGUCUGAAAUGUGGGGGGGACACCCCCGGGGUCCGGACCCUCUACCAAUUCCCCAACCGCACGGGUUUCCCCCCAACGACCUCCAAAUUUGAUGCCUACUGCUACAAAGCUCAUGGUGUCCCCACAGCAGAAGAAGCCAUGGGGCAGAGGGAGCUGGAGGUGCCAUCCGUGACUGACCCACAGAGCAGUUCCAAUGUGCUGGUGGAGCACAGCGAGGAGCUGGGCACCUCAGGGGACACCAGGGACACCCCCAGACCCCUGGGGAUGGGUGAGGAGGAGGAUGAGCAGUUGCAGGUGGAGGGUGGCAGCCCAGUGGGACAACAUGGGGACCUCCCCGGGUCUGCACCCUCAGGGGCACCAGCAGGUCCUGGCCUGGGUGGUGACAUGUCCCCACCACCUACCACGGUCCCCUGGCCACCCUGGCCCACUGAGGAUGAAGCUCUCAACCUGCUGGACCAGGCGCUGCUGAGCUCUUGGCAGGAUCCAACCAGCACCAGUCCAGAACCACUGCUCCAAGAAGUCCCCGGCCCCCAGGAGCCCCUCCUGCCAAGGUCCCAAAGCCCAACAUGGGGAGAUGUCACCAGCUCACCACUUGCUUUGGGGACAGUCCCCAGAGGGGCAGCAGAGACCCCCAGCCCCCCGAGGAGGAGCAGCCACGCCGGGCUGAACGGGCGCUACUUCCAACUGCACCAGCAGAACCAGGACCCCCCCACGUUGACCAGAGAUCCCAGGCUGGAUGAAGACCCGGUGGGGACUGUCACCCAGACCCCCAUCCUGGCCUUGGAGGUGCAGGGGGCUGCAGCCAACGUGGUGGAAAAGUGGAGCAUCCCCCAUGGCAGCACCCAGAGCCUCCAGCAAGCGGGUACCCACUCACCCUCCAACGAGGUGGAGGAGGAGAUCAGCCCUGAGCUGAUGGCAGCAGCCACCACCCCGGUGCCCCCCCAGCCCCGGGCAUCAGCCCAGAAGGAUUCACCCAGAUGGAGCCCCCGCACAGCCCCCUGCAACCCUGGGGGUCCCACAUGGAUGCCCCCUGCGCCCACCCCCUCCCUCCCUGCCUCCAGGGUUCCCCACGGGGCUCUUGGCCGCCAGGAUGUCACCACUGGGGGGGCUCAGCCCCGUGUCCCCAGCACCUGUGGGGACUUUCCCUGCUCCCCCACAGAUGCCACAGAGGCCUCCUCCGGGGAGAGCCUCUCCCAGGAGGAUGGGGGGGGGUCCAUCCCACCAUGGCCCCCGCUGCCCCCAGCCCCGCUGGUGGCCGAGGGCCCUGAGAUGUCCCCACGGCCUCGUGGUGACACCGGGGUCAGCAGCGGGACCCUGAGCGAUGGCUCUUUGGAGAGACAGAGGAAAGCAGUGACAUUCUUCCACCCGGCCAACCCCUCCCUGGGACACCCUGUCACCCCCAGACCCACUGAGGGGGCUGGUCCCCAGCCCCAGGGGGGGCUGAGCCCCACAGCCCCCUAUGAGCAGGCUGAGGCCCGGGAUGCUGGGAAGGGCUCAGCUGAACUGAGCAGUGAAGCAGCUGUGUCCCCCCCAGCACAGGGUGUCCCCUCACCUUCCUCUCCCCCCUCGGCCACCAAGAUGUCCCCUUGGGCCAUCACCCAGUGGCCAGUGGAGGUGGAUGCCCUGGAGCCAGCAGCUGAGGAGGGGUCCACGGGUUUCAUCUCAUUGUCCCCCAGCACCCCCCACCCAGGGAUGUGGGAGGCACUGGAGUCCCCAAGCAUGGGGCCAGUCUUGGAGCCCUCCAGGGUGCUGGAGAUGGGGGGCCCGGGAGGGUCCCCAGUGCUGGAUGCUGACAGCGGGAGCGGGGAGGAGCCGGAGGAGCUGGUGGCUUGGAGGGACCUUGGCAAUGCCAGCGGGCAUGCUCCUGCUGACCCCUGCCAGAACAACCCCUGCCUGCAUGGUGGGACCUGCAGGGCCAAUGGCACCGUCUGUGGGUGCAGCUGCACCCCAGGAUUUACCGGGGAGAACUGCGAGAUUGACAUCGAUGACUGCCUGUCCAGCCCCUGCCAGAACGGGGGCACCUGCAUUGAUGAAGUCAACUCCUUCAUCUGCCUCUGCCUGCCCAGCUACGGGGGCAGCCGCUGUGAGAAAGACACGGAGGGCUGUGACCACAACUGGCACAAGUUCCAGGGGCACUGCUACCGCUACUUCUCCCGACGCCGUUCCUGGGAGGACGCGGAACGUGACUGCCGCCGCCGGGCUGGCCAUUUGGCCAGCAUCCACUCCCCCGAGGAGCACAGCUUCAUCAACGGCUUCGGGCACGAGAACACCUGGAUCGGGCUGAACGACAGGAUUGUGGAGCAGGAUUUCCAGUGGACUGACAACACUGGCUUGCAAUACGAGAACUGGCGGGAGAACCAACCCGACAACUUCUUUGCUGGCGGUGAGGACUGCGUGGUGUUGGUGUCCCACGAGAUUGGCAAGUGGAACGACGUGCCCUGCAACUACAACCUGCCCUACAUCUGCAAGAAGGGCACAGUGCUGUGCGGGUCCCCGCCGGAGGUGACAAACGCUUUCCUGGUGGGGAAAAAGACGGAAAAGUACCCGAUCCAUUCCAUCCUGCGCUACCAGUGCCAGGAGGGCUUCACCCAGCGCCACCUCCCCACCAUCAAGUGCCACAGCACCGGCAAAUGGGACCGACCCAAAAUCCUCUGCACAAAACCCAGGCGGUCACACCGAGCUCGGCGGCACCACCGCCACCGUCACAGCCACCAGCACCACCAGCACCACCACCAGCGCCACCAGAACCACCACCACAAACCCCGCAAGGAGAGGCGAAAACAUCGCGACCGCCUCCGGCUGGACUGGAUGGAGGAGGGCCACUACUUCUAG